UUGCAGCACCUUUGGAUUCAUUUUCAGCCACAGUGAUGUUGCGUUGACUGUUUAAGCUGCCACGUCGGAUAGUCGGACUGAAGAUGGCAGCACCUGUCUGAGAUGAGAAUUGGCAGUGUCUGUCUGUGAUAAUCAGCAAUGGACAACAGCACAGAUAUAGAUGAGGACGUCUUACAUUUCCUCAUCCAAAAUAUGACUUGUAAGGCUUUUGACUUUUCAACCAUUACUGGAGCCGUGUUCAUCACAAUCUUCAUCAUCAGCGUCAUCAGCAAUGUCCUCCUCUUAUGUAUUCUGUUUACUUUUGAAAAACAUAAUCUUUUCACAUAUAUCUUCAUCAUAAACCUCGCUUGUUCUGAUUUGAUCUUUGCUGCCUCAGUCCCCUUCUUUGCUGUCUACCACAUUCAUCACUGGAUCUUUGGGGACUUUAUGUGCAAAUUCAUCAUUUGGGUGCACUUCUCUGGUCUCUACAGCAGCAUCUUUGUACUAACAGCAAUGACUGUGGAUCGUUUUUGUACUGUGGUGUUGAAUAACUGGCCAAACAACAAUCAGAGGAAGAAACGGUAUACCAUCGGCGCCUGUGUGGUUGCCUGGCUGAGCAGUAUUGGUCCAUCUUUGUAUGAUGCUUCCAAUAUGGAGGUGUCUGAUGAUUACUACUGUGAAGCUGCUUUUUCUGAUGAACUUGGAUAUUAUUUCCAAAUUGCUUUGCUGAUUUUGAUCCCAAUUGCCAUUAUUAUUUUCUGCAAUUGUGCCAUUAUAUAUACUAUUUUACGAGCCGCACACAGGACAAGGCACAAAGCUCUAAGUAUAGUUUUUUGUAUCGUUGUAGCUUACAUCAUCUGCUGGGGACCCUACAAUAUUGUACUUCUCAUUCAGUCCAAAACCUGUGAAGAACUGCAGCGGAUGAAUAUUGUCUACAAUAUCUGUCGAAUGCUUGCCUAUUCCCACUGUUGGAUAAACCCUCUUCUGUGUAUGCUCACACAAAAGAUACGAAAUCACCUGCUUUAUAUUUUGCGCUACAAAGUUGCUAGGACUGAAAGAGAGAGAGCCAGUGGCCAGGCUUAUAUUCAGAAUGCCAGUGAAUCUCACAGUUCAGGUCUUUAAGCAACAUUGCUGAAAUUCAAGAGUAUUUGUUAUAGUACAUGCAUACAGAAUCUAGUAUAGUUUGGAUAUUGUUCCAAAUAGAUUGGCAUGAGAUGACUUACCACACUGAAAUAGUUGGAAGUAUUUGAAAAAAUAAAAUAAAAAAGGGUUUUGGCACCAAAACUGUUUUGUCAUACGGGUGCUGGGAACCAAUGUAUCAGAAAAUUCAGUUUAGCAAAAUAUCUGUUUUAGUGUGAAGAUGAUCUUAGCCAGCUUUUGUAUGUUCAACCUGUUAUUUUUCUAUUUUUCUUUUUAUUUCUUUUUCUUAUUUUGUUUUACAAAUGAUGAGGAAUACAUGUACUGUAAAUGUGAAUGAUGAAACAGGACAAAAAGCACUGUUAGCAACAAGACUUGCUGAUUAGGCAAUACCAAGAACAGCUCUAUAAAGAAAGAAAGAUAAAUUAGUCAUUUAUUUGAAAGGUUUUAUAUUUUUUAAAUGUAUAAAUUGGUUUUAUUCUUUGUUUUUGAUGGAUUUUUGGUAAUUUGAAACAACUGCUAAAUGAACUAUGUACUAUGUAUUAUGCUGAGUUGCUAUUUCUGCUUCGGUGUAGUUUUGUUUAUUUUGUACCUGUUACAGUUUUUGGAGUUCUUUUGUGUGUGUUUUGCUUGAGCAAAUAAAACAUUUCAGAUUGAAAAAA